ACGAUUGGCGCAUGUGAGACGCACGCGGGCGUCGAGCGAAUGCCAUUCGACGCUCUUUGCAUCCGUUGUGAGCAAAGGUCGUUCGCCUGUGGGUGCUCGGAGGUGUUUGGAGUCGAGAAUCUGCCCCUCCUUCGGCUCGACCGAAUCUGGCGCGGAGCUAGCGUAGCAAUGGCCACUUCCUCGAGGCUGAUCAGCUUGUCCUACACUUCUUGUGUGACACGAGCGUCCUGCUUCGACAGAUCAUCGAGUGGAAGAAUCCAUGGACAAAAAUUGGGAGGCUUGCAAAUGCUCAAACUGAGAGCUGCAAAUUCCUUUGGUAGCAACACGGGCUUGUUCACAUCAAACGCUGUCGUGCCUCAUGGUCGGAAGCAAUUGAGAGUAGAGGCUUUGUUUGGAAGGAAGAAGGCAGCGACAGUUGUGAGAGAAACAGUGAUACCGGAACCUGACUAUCGCAUACCAGUAAUUCUGCUUGGUGGAGCUGGAGCUUUGGUGGCAACAGAUAAUAUCUUCCCUGCUGUGCCCAUAGGUCUUCUGGGCCUGCUACUACUCGUCCAGACUACGCGUGUCAGGUUCGUCUUCGAUGACGAGGGCUUGGAAGUGAAAAUUGGUGAAGAGCUGAAGGAUUCUCAAGAGAAUGUCUUUGUAGGUGGAAAGAAUAAGUGGCCUUACUCGUCAUUUGUCAACUGGGAGCUCUGGUGGCCGAACUUUCCUGUGCUUGUUUACUUCAAGGAAACACAAACAAAGCCAGAAGGCCAAAUUCACUUCUUCCCCGUCAUAUUUAACGGGAAGCAGUUGUACGAUGUGAUGGUCGAGCGGUGUGGACCUUCUCAAACUAGCGGACCCAAGUAGUUGGCUAGACUCUAAGUCUUCCGAUUGUUCUCUGUAUAUUAGCAACAGAUAGCUGUUUAAGAAAUCCAAACGUAUAUUUGAAGACAUCUUCCUUUGUAUCAAGAGCAUCCGCAUCGAAUACUUGAGGAAGAUCUUAGAGAGGAAUUUUCAGGAGGCGCUUUACCACCUGAUUUUGUUUCGUUCUGUAUGAUGAUCGCUCGAAGUUGAUCUCUGAGCUGCUCAAGUUUCAACUAGUUGAGUCCGCAGGCUCAGCUCAACCGUGAGAACCCUUGAAAACGAAUUGGAGAACCGGCGAGUACUAUGAGCAUCUGCCAGACAGUUUGAUGCGAUGUGCCACAACUGCAAAGGACACAACGUGCAUGCACGGGUCCAGUAAGAAGGGAAAGAACUAAACUGUACCUCACAACAAGCCUAGCACGUAGCACGUAGCACGUAGCACAGGAGAGCGAGUAAGCACAGCAGCUUCUCACAGCCUUUAUAUUUCUUCUUUUUGCCCUCUGUAGACAUGAAUAAUCUUAUGGCUUUGUAUGUCUGGUGCAAACCGGGUCUCUGGACAGCUGGCCGGCGUCGAAUUGAGCUUAAUUUUACGUAUCGUACAAUUGCGUAUAAAAGAAAUUAAAUGUGUUUUUAAUUUGAUGGAUGGAUCCCGUAAA